AUGCGAUUCCUCUCUUUGCCUCUUCUCUCUAUUUUUUUUCUUUUCUUCUUUCUCUUUAUUUUUAUCCUUUCCUCUUCUCUUUCCCUUGCUCUCUCUUCACGCUUUCCUUUCUCUUGCAUCUCUUAUCGCUUCCCGUUUCCCCCUCUCUACUUUCGUCGUUUUCAAUGUCCUUCAUUUUUUGCCUUCUCGCUUCUUGCCUCCGUCUCUCCUCGCCUUUCUUUACCACUCUCUUUUUUUUUUUUUACUUUACUUCUUUUUAACUCACCUUGUUUCGCUAUUCCCCCUCUUUCUCUCUCUCUCUCUCUCUCGAUCUCUUUCUCACCAAACAUGGCUUUCUUCCAUUUUUCUCUUCUCGCCUUCAUUCUUUCGUUUUCUAUCUCAUUCUCUAUUCGUCUCCUUCAUUUUUGUUUCUCUGACCACCUAUUCAAUCUCAUCGGUUCUGCAUUCCUAACGACGCUCAUUCUUUCUUUUCUCUUUUUCUCUCUUCUACUUUCUUGCUUCUCUUUUUCCUUUUCACUUCACACCCUCUCUUAUCCUCUUUGGCCCUCACUACACUUCCCUUUCUCUUCCAUUUUCGUUUUCUCUUUUUUCUCUCUUCCCGCCUUUUCUGUAAAUCCUCAUUUUCUUAAUUCCUUUCCUUUUUUUUUUACCUUUCUAUUUUCUCUAUCUAGUUCUGCGUUUCUUUCUUUCUUUUAA